AUGGUUGUUAACCCGAAUGAGGCACCAGAGUCAUACCUCAAUAAGGGCCAGACCUAUCAUUUACGGGUUGUUGAUACAACCCCACCACGGUUCACCGAGACGACGAAGUACCGGACAUUCAUCCGCUCUCUUUCCAGGAACGAGGACAGCGAAGUGGUCUGGCUGAGAUUGGCAAGACAGACUAGUGUUCCGCAGAUGACAGAGGGUCAAGAGAUGAUUACCAAGGUCAAGACACUCCCAGCGAGCCAUAGCGGUGGCAAUGGACCGAGUGCUGAUGCCCAACUGGGGAUUUGGUUGGAUUAUUGA